GGUCGCAAACAAACGAAAACAAGGGCCCGCUUCGAGUUUGCGCGGUGUCGUUUUGCUGUUAUAGUAGUUUGAAAAUGUCAAUAAUAGCGAUAAUGAAGUAUACAAAACUCAACAUCGCUAUCUCUCAACGCGCAUGCGUCUUUACGCAUUGGGAUAUAACGUGGAAAAAUCAUUACAGUGCAUGUAGAACGUAGUGAUUAUAUGCUCUUUGAGUGCAUGGAAAGCACUGCAUAGCUGGGUCAUUCGCUGGUUCGCUAGACAUUUUGGUGUAGAAGAUGGCCUUAAGCUUGCACGAAAGCUUUGAACGGUGUUGCCGACUAUGUGCGGAGGAGCAAGAAGUGACUAUAAUGAUAUUCAGCGCAGAAGCCGAAGCUAUGCUUUUGCAGAACAAAUUGAACAAGUACUUGUUAAUUGAGGUAGAUGAGGAAGACAAACUCCCUAAAAAUAUUUGCAUCAGAUGUUGUUCCAAAUUGCAAACUGUCUGUGAGUUCAUUGACACAGCCCGCAAGGCGCAGGAGGUACUGCUCAACCAAAGCAUCAUACUGGACCAAUUCGACCUCCCCAGCUCCCAGAAUUGUAUGGUACAACCUAGAACUGAAAUAAAAUCAGAGGUUGAGUACUCCGAUGAUGAAAACCCUAUAACUGAAAUGGAAAUUAGUGUUGAUCCAAUGAUGAUUCUUCAGAAUUCAGACAGUUUAUUGUCUCCUAAUGUAGAAGAGAGUACAGAAGAUAAAUGUAAUGACCAAGAAGAAGACAUAACACACCUGCACAGUGUAGAUGGUGAGAAUGUAACUAUCAAAUUAAUCAAAAAAGGUGAUUCACCUGCAGACCAGUCCGGACCAGGAUUAAAAAAAAAGAAAAUUAAACCAUUCCCAUGUAUUACAUGCAAAAGAAGUUUUUACACAGAGUUGGCACUGAAGAAUCACUCUUGGAUACAUUUCAAUGAGGAGAGGGUUAAUAAGAAAUUUAAAUGUGGCACUUGUGAGGAGAGCUUUGACUACAAGUGUGAUUUAAUUGUGCAUUUGAAGAAACACAGAACAAACGGGAUGUGCACAAUAUGUGGUAGAUGUUUCAGAACAGAAAGAACUUUAGCAGCACACAUGACUGUGCACAUGGCAUCUAGUAAAGCAUACACUUGUAAAGUAUGUGGAAGAUCAUACAAUACACGGAGUAACUUGAAAACACACAGCAUCACGCAUAGCAGCGAGAGGCCAUAUCAUUGUCACCUCUGUAAGAAAAGUUUCAAGAGAAAUCAGGAUUUAAAGUUUCACAUCAAUCAACACACUGGAGCUAAGCCAUACAAAUGUCCAUUUUGUGAUAAAAGCUUUGCAAGUUCCGGAAACUGCUACUCUCAUAGAAGUCGGAUGCAUCCUGGGCGUCGGGUUGAUGCCAAGGUUCGGAGGCUCAUGGCAGCGUCGCUGGAGCGCGGGCCGCCACCGUCGGCGCGCGCCGCCGCGGGCCGGACGGGUCGUGCGGGGCGGGCGGGGAGGGACGACGCGCUGCAGCCGCGCCCCAUCGCGCCCAGGCCGCCGGCGGCGCCCGCGGCCGCGCAGCUCACGUCGGUUAAGGGCAUCUUCAAGUACCAGUGCAGCCUCUGCAACCAUAGCUUUAUGAGGAGAGACAAUUACACGUACCACAUGUAUCAGCAUACGGGUGAAAAGCCAUUCCAGUGCACGUUCUGCCAGGACACGUUUGUGACGAGAAGAGGACUGUUACUGCAUCACGACAAGGAGCAUCCUGGUAGCGAUCGGCCCCUUGCGCUGCUGUCCAAGAAUGUGCUAUUAAAGUAAUGCUAGUAGUCGAUAAACAAGAGGCGCCCCAUGUCUAUGUAGAAGUACCAGCAACACUUAGGUAGACCUUAACACCUUGAAAUAAGGUUUGAUAAUGCUCUGUCGGCUGCGUCGCCGUUAGUGUAGGUUGAUUCGCCAAAGAUGGUCUAAGAGGGGUUAAUUUAAUUUCAACCUUAGCAAUCAGAUUUAAGGUUGAAAUUAGAUUGGUCUUUCGGGACAUGUAACUAGUCUUCAAAUGAAUCAGCAAAACGUAAAUAUUUGGAAUAUAUUUGCAUUUGUUGUUAAAACGUCAAAUAACACUUGCACAGUCUGUGCUGUCAAAAUUGUUGCAGUUAUUUUGGUCUAACUCGAUCAUAUGUAUUAUAAAUUCAAUAUACGCGAUAUAAUCCGUUUUCAUAGUUUUAUUUAUAACUAUAUCAAUUAUGUAUUUGAAUUUUGACGAAAAUUCCUUUUAGCAACUACAUAGACGAGAGGCUCCUCUUUUUUUUACCUAACGUUUAAGUGUAUUGAAACAGUAUUAGCUUUAUUCCUUAAUACUUGUUCCAUACGGUACGAAUCAGACUUUUGGUAGCAUUUAAAUUUAUGUGAUUAAACACUACACAGCAAUACAAAGGUUAGUCGUAUAAUUGCUUGCUAGUCAUCGGAAAGCUUGGAAAUUUCGAGUUCCCACAUGCUGUUCCCCCUGGUAGUAUAGUUAUUUGUUAUACAAGGGUGCAAAGUUGUAUUUUACCCGCAAGUGUUUCAACACACGAGAAGUAAAAUACAUUUGCACCCGUGUGUAACACAAAACUUUUCACCUCACUAUAGCGAGGAAAGUGCAACAUCCACAGGCGUUAGAUCAUCUUCAUCACUGAAAUCACUCAUUUUUUUACGAUAUUA